GUUAAUUCACCCCAAAAAUCAAUCAGUUGCCUUGAGAAAGAAGCAGAGCCUCUCUUGUCCCCUCCCUUUCUUUUCAAUCCCUAUUUUUUUGAAAAAGAAGAUGAGGGUGAGUUCAUGCCCUGCCGCUGCUCUUACGUCAUCAAUCGCCGCCUCCGGCCUCCGCUUCCCAUUUAUUAACCUUCAUUCUUCUUCUCCUUCUCCUUCCCCUUCUCUUUCCUUUUUCUGCUGGAAGAGAAGCAUGUCUCAAUUCCCUAUUCAUUCUUCUUCUGCUUCUUCUCCUUCGUCUUCUUCCGCCGCCGACUAUUCUACGAUGGCCAAUGAGUCUGUGAUCAAGCCAAAGCAGCAUCAGCCUUGGCUCAUUGUUGGCCUCGGCAAUCCUGGCAAAAAGUAUCAAGGCACUCGCCAUAACGUGGGUUUUGAGAUGGUAGAUGCUAUAGCUAAUGCAGAAGGAAUAUCUAUGAGUAGUGUUUCCUUUAGAGCAUUAUUUGGAAAAGGUUUUAUUGGAAAUGUUCCAGUGAUGCUUGCCAAACCACAAACAUUCAUGAAUUCAAGUGGUGAGUCUGUUGGGGCUAUUGUCUCCUAUUACAAGAUUCCUUUGAAGCAAGUACUCUUGAUUUAUGAUGAUUUGGAUUUGCCUUUUGCCAAGUUACGACUAUUGCCAAAAGGUGGACAUGGAGGACACAAUGGGAUGAGGAGUGUUAUUGAUCACUUCAAAGGGAGUCGUGAUUUUCCCCGACUAAGAGUUGGCAUUGGACGCCCUCCUGGGAAAAUGGAUACCAUAAACUUUGUUCUUCGGCCUUUCAAUAAACAAGAACGCGAAGAGUUGGAUUUUACAUUUCAACAUGGCAUAGAUGCUAUUCGGAUUCUUUUACUUGAAGGAUUUGAUAGAAGUGCAACAUUUGUCAACAGUGCCAGAUCCAUGGAGCAAUGUAGUUAAAACUGUUCCUGGAAUGAAAUGCUCUUUAGGGGAAAUUGUGGAUCAUGAUGAAGUGAAAUUGGCAUUCUUUUUUAUUUUUGGGGGGUGGGUGGUGGGGGAUUCUAGAGAUUUGUCUCCGGCUUUGAAAGACCACAGUCAUAAGUUUGUUUUUGGUGCCUUCAUUUUUUAAUUUUGGGAGAUAAUAUUUAGUCAUGAGAUUUUAAAAAAUACAUAUUAGAAGAACUAUUUGUAAUUUAUAGCUAUUAGAAAAGCAAAAAAAAGUCUAAAAUGCCUUCA